AUGCUCCAAACACAAGAACACCCUCUGCUACUGUUCUUUAUCUUCUUCUCCAUUUUCAUCUCCACCAUUGCAGGAACCACCACCAUCUUACCAGGCACAACCCUCUAUGCUUCCAACACAACCCAAUCUUGGUCCUCUCCCAACAACACGUUCUCACUCCACUUCCUUCCUCUCCAACCCUCAACUUCCCCUCCGUCCUUCAUCGCCGCCGUUGUCUACUCCGGUGGCGUACCAGCCGUAUGGUCCGCCGGAAAGGGCGCCGCCGUGGACUCCGGCGGAUCCCUCCGGUUCCUCUCCGCCGGAAACCUCCGCCUUGUUAACGGGUCGGGCUCCACCGUGUGGGAGUCUGGAACUUCCAACAUGGGUGUCUCCUCUGCAAUGCUUCAUGACAAUGGAAACUUGGUUCUAUCCAAUGGCACCGGCACUGUGUGGUCAAGCUUUGACAACCCCACUGAUACCAUUGUGCCGUCCCAAAACUUCACAGUUGGUAUGGUUUUGAGUUAUGGGUUGUACUCCUUUUCUGUUCUUAGGUCCGGGAAUCUCACCCUCAAAUGGAAUGAUAGCGUGCCUUAUUGGGAUCAAGGCUUGAACUCUUCCAUGAGCGUGGUGAAUUUGAGUUCACCUGUUUUGGGGUUGCAAUCAGUGGGAAUUUUGCAGCUUUUUGAUCCGAAUUUGACUGCUCCUGUGGUGGUUGCUUACAGCAGUGACUAUGCCGAAGGGAGUGAUGUGUUGAGGAUUUUGAAGCUGGAUGGUGAUGGGAAUUUGAGGAUUUAUAGCUCAAAGAGAGGUAGUGGGAUUGUGACUGUGAGAUGGGUUGCUGUUGAGGAUCAAUGUGAUGUUUUUGGUUACUGUGGAAAUAAUGGUAUUUGUAGUUAUAGUGAUUCCAACCCUAUUUGUGGAUGUCCAUCUCAGAAUUUUGAGAUGGUUGAUCCAAAUGAUAGUAGGAAAGGGUGUGAGAGGAAGGUGAGGCUUGCUGAUUGUGUAGGGAAGGAGGCUAUGUUGCAAGUGGACCAUACUCGAUUCUUGACAUAUCCUCCUGUGUUUUUGAUUAAUCCUGAGAUAUUUUUCAUUGGGAUAUCACCUUGCAGUGGAAAUUGUCUUGCAUCCAGUUCUUGCUCGGCUUCUACUUCCUUGUCAGAUGGAACUGGACUCUGUUACAUAAAGACAACAAAUUUUAUUAGUGGCUAUCAUAAUCCUGCUCUACCUAGCACUUCCUAUAUCAAGGUUUGUGGACCAUCGGCUCCAAACUCACCACCUUUGUCAGAUAAUGCUGGCCAGGGGAAGGAUUGGAGUGUACAUGCUUGGAUAGUUGCUGUAGUUGUUUUUGGUACCCUUUUAGGUUUCCUUGCCUUUGAGGGUGGUUUAUGGUUGUGGUGCUGUAGAAACAGCCCGGGAUUUGGAGGGUUUGCUGCUCAAUAUGCUCUUCUUGAGUAUGCUUCUGGUGCACCGGUCCAUUUCUCUUAUAAGGAGCUCCAAAGGUCAACAAAGGGGUUCAAGGAGAAACUUGGUGAUGGGGGGUUUGGUGCUGUUUAUAGAGGAAUUCUUGCUAAUAAAACUGUUGUUGCAGUUAAGCAACUUGAGGGCAUUGAGCAAGGUGAGAAACAGUUUAGGAUGGAAGUUUCUACCAUAAGUAGUACACAUCAUCUGAAUUUAGUGAGGCUGAUUGGUUUUUGCUCUGAAGGGCGUCAUAGGCUCUUGGUAUAUGAGUUUAUGAAGAAUGGAUCUCUUGAUAAUUUUCUUUUUGUCAAUGAAGAACAGUCAGGAAAAUUGUUGAAUUGGGGGUAUCGUUUCAACAUAGCCCUGGAUGCUGCUAGGGGCUUGACAUACCUUCAUGAGGAGUGUAGAAACUGCAUUGUCCAUUGUGAUGUAAAACCUGAAAACAUUCUUUUAGAUGAGAAUUACAAUGCAAAAGUAUCAGAUUUUGGCCUUGCAAAGCUCUUAAAUCCCACGGAUAGGCGCCGAACCUUGACAAGUGUGAGAGGAACCAGAGGGUAUUUAGCUCCAGAAUGGAUUGCAAAUCUUCCCAUAACUUCCAAAUCUGAUGUUUACAGUUAUGGUAUGGUUUUGUUGGAGAUAGUGAGUGGUAGAAGGAACUUUGAAAUCUCAGAAGAAACAAGUAGAAAAAAGUUUUCCAUUUGGGCAUAUGAAGAGUUUGAGAAAGGUAACAUCAUGGGAGUUAUCGACAGCAGACUGGUUAGCCAAGAAGUAAACUUGGAGCAAGCAAAAAGAGUGCUUCUGGCAUGUUUUUGGUGCAUACAGGAGCAUCCUUCUCAGAGGCCAACAAUGGGCAAAGUUUUGCAAAUGCUAGAAGGUGUGACAGAUAUUGAGAUGCCACCAUCCCCAAAAUCCAUUACAGUUGGAUCUUCUAGUGGAAUCAAUAGCAAUGCCACUUCUAUAUCCACUAUUGCAACCUCAUCAGUUCCAACUUGCUCCCCAUCUUCAUCUUUGCUGACUUGAGGCUUCUUCAUUGGCUUUAGAAGAAACACAGAGAACACGACUUCAUCAUUUUUAAUAUCAGACCUAUACAAUUACUCCUUCCUAUUUUAUUGUGACAUUAAGGAUUGUUUCUUGAUUAUUGUUACAUGUGGUUUAUCUGUAUACUUGAUUCUGCUCCAUGCUUAUAA